CCGACUGGAACACGCUGAGAGAGCGCUCUCAACUUUUACCGGAAACGCAAAAAUGGCUGCAUCGGUGGCCAUGGUCUCCCUGAGAAUAAAUGCCGUUUCAUUUGACACCCAACAAAGGCUUCCUUACAACCCCCACCCAAAACCCAAACCGAAGACCCCCAAAACCCCUCUUCUAUCCGUUGUUACGUCGCCGUCCAGAACUGACUUGGAUAUCACGGAGCUUCUCAAACACAAGAACCGAGACGGUAGCCCAGUGAAAUCGGAUGAGUUGUAUCUGGGUUAUGAGAGGUGGCUGCCGAGUCCACCGAAAGUGGAGAAGCCUCGAUCCGUGUUUAAUGCAGCUUCGUUAGCUUAUAUUGGUGAUUCUGUGUAUGAGCUGUAUGCUCGCAGACAUUUCUUGUUUCCUCCGCUUAAUAUUGAAGAGUAUAAUGAUCGUGUGAUGGCAAUAGUACGAUGUGAAGCUCAAGAUGCAUUACUUCAGAAACUUAUUGAUGAUGAUUACUUGUCAGAAGAUGAAAGAAAAGUUCUUCGGUGGGGAAGAAAUAUCAGUUCAUCUAUAAAACGCUCGAAAAAGCGUGCUGGUGUAGCAGUUUACAACAGAGCGUCUUCACUUGAAACACUAGUUGGUUAUCUCUACUUAACAAAUGCAGAACGUUUGGAAGAGGUCAUGCUGAAGUUGGGAUUCUUGGCUGGUGGUUCUGCUCAGUUGCUCCUAGAAGAAGCAAAUAGCAGGCAAUCAGGAUAGCGGGAGAAGACAUGCCCUCAAUGCCCCAGAGUGAAUGACAUGAGGAUUGUGCAUUGGAUUGGAUAAGGGACUGAUGUGGGGCUGAGGAAUUUCUGCUAUCUGCAUUCUGUUGAUCAUUGCCCUACCCUGUCCACAUACGCAUCCUUCUUUUCUUUGGAUUGCGUGACAAAACAGAGGAGAUAAAGGCAGAUCGAAACAGAGCAUUGCCACAUACAUGGCGUUGGGAAUUUGAGAACGUAUGCAUGUGAAGGUGCAAUAUAGGAUGAUGUAGGCCCAGCCAUACCAGCAGCUUUGGAUAUGGCCGCCACCAAGAACCUUGUUGAGUCGAGUGUGUGGCAUGCGUGUCCCACAAGCAACUUCAACCAAGAUAAUUAGAUAAGAUGUCCAGGAUGGUAUUUUGAUCUCCUCUGUUACUCCUAUAUGAUUGAAUUCCAUUUGAUUUCAUCUAAUAAGUGGGCACUGAUAGAGUUUUACUUCGAUUGUGAUUUAUUUUAGCCAAUUUUUCAAAUUCCAAUUGAGUCUCAUGCUGCUAGUAAACUUUUAUAUCUUGUACAAACUAGAUCCAAGUUACAUUUAAGUUCGAUUUUUGAUUUGACUGAA